GUUUUCAAGAACCGGCUCAGUUCAAGCUGCCCAGAAAAUAACGUUGAGUGGAAUAAAAUACUAAAAACUGCAGCUAAAAUGGUGUACGUAGAAGCUUCCUUCCCGCGUGGCAAAAAGGCCGAGACCGAUGACGAUGGAUUGGCACCGAAAAAGAAGUUUAAACCACGGAAACGCGAGAAUUACGGUGCCUCCACGGAAGAGGAAGCGAAGCAGCAGAAUCCGCGACCAAAAGAUCGCCGGCGAGUUCUGAAGGAAGAGAAGGAGGAUGAACUGGAAGAGCAGGAGCUGGCCUGCAAGGCAUCCAACCUGGGCUUCGUUACGCUCCAACCGGGUAUGCUGGUGCUGGGUUGCGUGCAGCGUACCUUUAAAACCCACAUGGAAGUUACCCUUCCGGGGCGGAUUACGGGAACCGUCCCGGUGCCAGCCAUCUCGGAAGCGUACACGAAACGCCUUCAAGCUAUGAUCGACCGGCAGUCGUUCGACUGCCCCACCCUGGACGAUCUGUACACCGUGAACGAGCUGGUGUACGUUAAAGUGAUGGAGAAGCAGACUUUCCCACGCCAGCUAACGCUCUCGUUGAAUCCACACGAUCUGCAUAGCUCGUUCACGGCGAGCCAGCUCGUCCCCGGACUAGUGCUGUCCGCCACGUUAACGGUAGAAGAAGACCACGGUUACACGAUGGAUGUGGGCAUUCGCAAUGUGCGUGCCUUUCUGCCGAGAGAAAAUCUGUGCAAAAAUCCGACCGACAUUGGGCGAAAUUUGUUUUGUGCGAUUGAAAAGGUGACUCGCCAAGGAACGGCAGUUACGGUCAUACUGAAGGCGUUUCGCCCGAAAGAGAGCCGUCUGUUGAAUGUGAGCAUGGCCAACCUCGAUACGAUCGUCCCGGGCUGUGUGGUACCGUUUACCGUCGGUUCAGUGGUAAAGCGUGGCCUACGCGGGACCCUCUUCGAUGAUACGGUAGCUGCGUUCGUAAAUGAGACCAUGCUCACCCAACCAAACAGCAAACCGGAAAGCUACACCAUGUUCCAGCAGCUCGAUGCGACCGUUCUGUACGUGAUGCCAGUCACAAAGCAUGUGUUCGUUUCACUGGCCAAGUACCCGGGCAACCGGGCUGAAGGCAGCGUUGCCUAUGCGGCCGGUCAGACCAUCGAGAACGCCCACGUGGUGGCAGUGACCAGCGCGGGCGCCUGGCUACAGUUUGCCAAGGAUUACCGUGCGCUACUGCCGAAGAGCGUCAUCAUGAAGCGUAUCAAGGGCAACUACGAGGAGAGCGUUGUGAUGAGCAAGUAUCACGUCGGCUCGGUGCACACGCUCCGCAUUUUGCGCUACGAUCCGCUGAAUCGAACGUUCAUCGUCUGCGAUACGCUGGAGAAUGCGGCCGAUGAGCUUACUGUGCAGGACAUUCAGAUCGGUGAGGUAUAUCAGAUGCGCGUGAAGAACCUGCUCGAUACGGGAGGUUUUUUUGUCGAGCAGGGUGCGGUGCGUGGAUGGGUUAGGCGCGAGUGGUUCGAUCGAACGCAGCACGUUAAGGAAGGUGCGCGGGUACAGGUGCGAGCCAUGAUGUUCGAACACGGCACACCGUACGUGCAGUUUACAAAUCGGCACGAUCUGCUGAAAAAAGGAGUCCGAAUUCUAUCAUCCCACGAGCAGCUACAGAACGCGACCUCCAUCCUAACCGCUCCCGAAGCGAAACAGUUUCACGGAUUGGUGGUCCAUGAGACACGGGAGUAUUUUAUAAUCAAGUUCGCCAACGACAUCAAAGGAUUGCUGAUGAAAAAUUUACACGAUAUUGAGCAGGAUACCGUUAAAAUGCACACGCUACGCAUCGGCAGUGUCGUUCAGGUCACGGUGCACCAGUACAAUGCUGCAUCUCAAAAGUUGCUCCUUUCGUUGCCACUGCACAGCACCGACACGGUCUCAACGCUGACCGAGGCCACUGUCAUUGCGGUGUUACCGACGGGUGUCGAAAUAGCGCUAAAAGAAGAUAGAAGCAAGGGCACCAUCCCGGUGCAAUACUUUUCCGACUUUGCGGCCCACAAUCCCCUUUACGUCGGUCAGCUGAAGGAAGGGCAGAAGCUAUCGGUGGUGAAGCUACGAAACAACACGUACAGCGUGCGGGAUGUGGAGUAUUGUCACAAAAAUCCGAUGCUGCUGAAGGAAAAUGCUCAAGGAGCGAUAGUACGCGCAAGUUACUACUCGCGAGACGGGCAACCGUUUGCCAACCUACUCCUCAGCGAUUACGCAAAGCCGAUAGAGGUGCGGCUACGCGAUGAGGACAAAAAAGCGGAAAGUAUUCCGGAUGGAGAGAUCAUCUACGUACGGAUAUCGUACGAUCGCAAUGGCAAAACCGACGACUCCUACAAGCUCAAGGCAAACACGCAACGUCGAGUGGUGUGCCCACGCGGUGUCGAGCACGUGUACGAGUACAUCGAGAGUUACAUGCGCGAUAUAAGUUGUUUAAUUGAACGCUACAAGAAAGCGGGAAAAACGUUUGCAAACUUCACUGUUGGUCAGCAAGUUCGUUGCACGAUUGAAAGCGAGGUAGCCGAAAAGUUCGUCGUGAAGGUGCAGUCGGAAGAGGACGAUUCGGAGCUGACUGCAAAAGGAAUCGCUGAAAAACCGGCGGAAACAUCCAGUAACUUCGAUAUCGGGGAGCAAGUUGUUGGCCGCAUUAUAUGGGUCGAUGUAGUACGCCAGGUGGUACAAGUUUGCAUCGAUCCAGCUCGUCUUCAGUUCAUUGAACAACGCAAACCGAAAGCCUCGGAGUUGAAUCCAAUCUACCGUUUGCACUGUUCGGAACUGUACUCGAACGAAUACGUCCACAUUUGCUGCGCUACGAAAAAAGCGGGUCCACUGAUUGUGGUUCCAGUGAAACAUCACUACAAUGAUGCCCUGUGGAAGACCGGUGGCAAAGCGGUGAACAUUGUUUUACCGCUGCAUUCGCUGGGCGAUAUGGUAUUUGCCGUUACGAAGUACAACUACGGUCUGUACAAUGGGUUUGAUAACAUGGAAAACCCAACCAAACUUUACGCAAAACCACAGAAACGUCCAACAGGCGUGCAGAAUGAUGGCGAGCGGCUGAAGCUCCGAUCGCAAGGAAAGCUGCGCUACGUUAGAGAGUUACCGGAAACGUUCCAUGAAUCAUUGCUCGAUGACGAUCAGGCGGAGAAAUCGGAGUCAGAAAUCGACGAAUCGGAUGGAAAUGAUUCGGACGCCAGCGACAGCUACCGGGACAGCGUGGACGAUGAUGAGGAUGAAGAUUUCGUUUGCUCUGAUGAGGAGGAGGAUCAGGAGGAACAAGUGCAAGAAGAGAUUACUGAAGUCAAGACCAAACCGAUGAAGAAACAAUCGAACCAGGAAACAGCUGGUCACAAAGGUGGCCAAAAGGGGGUAAAAGAACCCAAGAAAACUUUGCCGGUUAUUGCAGUUACUAAAAGCGAGAAGCAGCUCAAGGUUACUGACGACACUAAUAAUUCGAACAAAAAAUCGAAAAAGCGCCAGAUAGAAUUGGUUACCACAGCACCACCCGCAGAAGUGACCCAGAAAAAACGCGGUAAAAAGAAGCAAGUUGAAGUUGCCGCGUCGACGGAGCAGGAGAAGAAACGAAAGAAUCAAAAUGCAAAAUCAAAACCGAAGCCGGUCGGUCCGACCAAAGAACCGACGAAGAGAAAGUUGGAGUCCGGUGCUGAAGCAGCUAAUGGAUUGGCAAAAAAUAAGAAAAAGAAGAAAAAGUCUCUUCCGGCGGGGGUCAACGAUAUGCUGGAUAGCUUUUGCGACACCCAGUUGGACGGUGGUUGCGAUUUUUUAUUCGGCGACCAGCUUGAUGGUGCCGUAGGUCUGAUAGAACCGACGAAGAAGGUGAAAAAAGCGAAAAAGCGGAAGCAUAAUGAAACGACCGAUAAUGCCAACAAACAAGGCAGUAGCAGUAGCAACGGCAAACGGGUGCUUCCCGGUGCGACCAACUUUUGGGAUUCCACACCCGUGUACAAACGCGACCGGAACCCAUCGGACUCGGAUGACGACGAGCGUGAGGAUGAAGAGGGCGAGCAGCAGGAGGGCACCAGUAAGCGAAUGACAGGCAAAGAACGGUUCGAGGCGAUGAAACAGGAGGAGGAGCGCCUGCGAAAGAUCGAAGAAGAGCUAGCUGAUCCAUCGGUGGCACCGCACACACCGGAUCAGUUCGAUCGCUUGGUGGUGGCCCAGCCGAACAACAGCAUGCUAUGGAUUCGCUACAUGGCGUUCCACAUGGAGUCUGCUGAGCUCGAUAAGGCACGGGCAGUCGCCCGGAAGGCAUUGAAAGCGAUCAAUUUUCGGGAGGAAGCGGAGCUAUUGAAUGUAUGGAUUGCGCUGCUGAACCUCGAGCUGCGCUACGAGACGGUGGCCGCGUUCAAGGAGGUCCUACAGGAAGCGACCCAGUACAACGAUGCGUUCAAGGUGUAUAGACGCGUACUCGACAUUCUGAUCGAUUGCCAGAAGCUGCCGGAAGUGACCGAACUGUUGGAGCUGUUGGUGAAACGGUUCCGCAAGGAGACCGAUAUGUGGUACCUGGUGGCGGACGCCUGGUAUCGAAUUGGCCAGAGUAAGAAGGCCAAACCGUUGCUGAGUCAGGCAAUGAAAUCGCUGCCCAAUCGUGAACAUAUUCCCCUUAUCGUCAAGUUUGCCUUCCUUCACAACCGCCAUGGCAACCGGGACGAGGCGCAUCUGCUGUUCGAGCAGAUACUCACGUCGUAUCCGAAGCGCACGGAUAUCUGGUCGCAGUACGUCGACAUGCUGGUCAAGGAUGGGUUGAUCGAGGAAGCUCGACAAAUUCUGGAACGUGCGAUCGUACAACGGCUGCCAAUGAAGAACAUGAAAACCCUCUACACCAAGUACGUGACCUUUGAGGAGAAACACGGAGACCGUGAAAGUGUGCAUCGGGUGAAGCAGAUGGCGGCAGACUACGUUCAGACACAGCUGAACAAUGCGGGCGUCACGACGGCCGCCGAUAAGGGGCGUAAAAAGUAAUUCUCGAUUAUAGUACGCGGGAACUGUUCUUCUUUUUUUUCUUUUUUUUCCGUAUACAUAAGCAUAUUCUACUUAUAUGAAUAAAGUCUACGUCGUUAGUUAAAAGAUA